AUGCUUUUCUUCGGGACGCGAUGUGAACGCCUGUGCAUGAUUCAAUUCUCGCUUAUAUCUUUAAUACCCGGCCUCAUCAAUAAUUUGCAGGACUGCGCGGAUCCUGCAUUUGACACCUAUUCUCAGACCGUUGAGAAACCAACGUCUCUCAAAACGAGCGACAGAAGCUCUUUGUUGGCAUACAUGGGGCUUCCGCUGCAAAUUUUUGGAAAGGGAAGCAUGUUUGGCCCCUAUACACCUCUCCAGCUGCUGGAUCUGCUGGCGGAUGAUGGCACAAAAUCAUAUGUGGUUGGCUCAACCAACUCGCUACUUCUGCAACAAAAGGACCGCUACAGUGAUAUUCUAAUUAACCUUGACGAAGAUAGUAUCGUCAUAAAUUCUCCUUCCCUCCGCAAUGCCCUGGUCCUUUCCGCGGCCGAUAGGCGCUGGAUUGACCUGCUGACACAAAUUGUCAAUGACACUUGGGAUGAGGAACAUCCUUCACAACCCAAGACCCUUGGAUUUAUGGGCUCUGAAGAAUUCAUUCGACUGCAGUUUGAAGAAUACUUGCUGGCGUUAUUAUCUUCCAUGAAAUACCACGAGGAGCUUUACCCAUCCGAUGCCGGAGACUCGGGGAAUCGCAGCGGAACCCAGCUGCAAACCUACAACAUUGAAGGAGACCCUGCCAUCGACUUCAAUACAGAAUUCCUGACCCAGUGGAAAACGACAUACAAUUACGCCCUGUUUUCGCGUCUCACUUCGGAUGCGCUCCUAUUUUCCAUCACCGAGCCACGACACCCCAACGCCGGCGGCCUGACAAUGGAAGAUGUCCAACGCCGACUUGCACAACAGGUAGCAGACCUCCACCUCGAUGAGCGUGUCCGCGAAGGCCGCGAGGCCCUGAACCGCCACUUCUCAACCGGACAAAAGAAAGUGAGCGCGGCAUUUAACAGCUUCUGGUCUGACAUCGAAACAAUGCGCGAAGCACAACGCAAACGCACCGAAGAGAGAAAUGCCUCCCAAUCGCAAUCCCAGCGCGCCUCCCUCGAAAAAGAAUCCCCAACAUCACCAACCGCCUCCUCCCAGGACCCCACCGAUGCCUCCUGGUUCGCAGCCCGGCCAAGGGCAUCCGUCGACCUCACACAGGCCCAGGCCUCCGUGACCGUGGCCAGCCAAAAGGCCAGCUCCUAUCUCAGCUCGUGGGGCACCUGGGCUAGCGAAAAGCGCCGCGGAUGGCAAGACAAGCGCGUCACAUCCCCGACCCCGAAUACCACCGCCACUCCCAAUGCCGGCAUGACUUCGCCAUCUACCCCGGUCUUGUCCAUUGCUACCGAAACAGUAACAGUCGAGUCGGACCGCGACCGUCGCCGUUCCAUGCAGAAUAAUAGCGAGGGCAACGAGAGCUCCGAGGGCGGUCUUACUCGCAGCGGAAGCAGAAGAAAGAGAUGGAGUAAUAUCCUGCUCAGACGCGACAGCGGAGAGUUCCAGCGUUACGAUGAUGUUUCUACGUCCGACUCUGCCGAAGCUCCAUUCCCUAAGUCUCCUCUUUCGCAGGGAUUCCCGGCUUAUGCGGAUGAUGCGAAGCACAAGCAUACCCAGGACCUCCAGGAUGGAAAGACUGCUGGAAGGGAUACCGUUGAUGUAGAUGGGUUUUCGUCUGUGGCUCUCACGCCGAAUGAAGGCCUGGGGUUGAGUUUGAAGAAUGAGGAGACUGGUUCCACGAACCAGAAGGAGCACUCACCCUCGAGUGGUGUAGAUACUCAGUCUGAGGAGUUGGUGACAGUACCCCUUGGCAAAGAGGAGACGCAUCCAGCCCAGAGCAAAGACUCGUCUGGUACGAACUAG